UUGCCCAAAAUGAAUGUAUGCACUCAUUGUUUGGAGGUGAAAGAACAUUAAACCGUGGCUGAAGUCACAGAGACACCUGACCAAUGACUGUCAGUUUACUCAGAGUUUAUCUGAAAACCACCGACGUCAAAGUGGAGUUUGCUUUUUUCAACUCAAGCUGCAUGAACACAACAGAGCGAAGACAUGAGCAAACAGUGGGCAGCGCUUGUUCUCGUCCUGAUUCAGCUUCACUGCGGUGAUUUCUGUCCUGAUCUGUGCCAGUGCUUCUCCGCUGAGAAGGUCGUCUGCUCAGACGAGUCCCUGAAAGCUUUACCUUUCAACAUCUCCUCGCAGGUGAGAGAACUGAUCGUAGUGACGUCGGGCAUCUCGUUUCUAAGCGGCAGCUCCUUCAGAGAGAACCUCAAUCUUACUAAGCUGGUGGUUCUCAACAGCCUCGUGAAGACGAUCUCUCACGACGCCUUCGAGCGCCUGCAGGAGCUGGAGGAGCUGGAGAUCAGCGGAACCUAUUAUUGGUUGAGUUUUGACGUGCAGACCUUCAGCUCGCUGGCCAAGCUCACGAGACUGCUUCUCAACAACAAUAAGAUCAGCGCUCUGGAGGCUGGUGUUUUCCACUCUUUGCACGAACUGGAGAUGCUGCAGCUGAGGGGGAACAUGUUGUCGUAUUUGCCCAGGCAUCUCUUCCAUCGUCUCCACAACCUGCAGGAGCUCGACCUGUCCUUCAACCACAUCAGCUCCAUCUCGGUGGACGUCUUCCAGAACAACUCUCUCCUGAGAUCACUCUCGCUGCAGGCCAACUCGAUCUCGCAGCUUCCGGCAGGGAUCUUCAGUCACUUGGAUCACCUGGAGGAGCUCAAUCUUCGAAGCAAUUGCCUCAGCAACCUAAGUGCCGAAACGUUCCCAUCCGGUGUGCGCAAACUGAUCCUGAAGAAGAAUGCUCUGGCACAGCUUCCAAGCAAUGUUUUUCACAAACUGCAUCACUUAACAUACCUGGACUUGUCUCAGAAUCAACUGUCUGAAGUCCCUUCAGAUCUCUUUCAGAACCUUAUCUCGCUGAAAAAAAUAGAUCUCUCUGAGAACCGGAUUACGGCAUUGCCCGGCUCUGUCUUCAAUGGGCUGUUUAGUUUAAAAGCCAUCCAUCUGCAGAAAAACAAACUGAGCUCGCUGGAAGCGAACCUCCUGAAGGAUCAGCACGACCUGGAGCAGCUGUACUUGUCCACCAACAGCCUGCAGAGCGUCCCGCAGGACUUCUUCAAUGACCUGGACUUCCAGAGCGUGGUCCAGCUUCACGGGAAUCCCUGGCGCUGUGACUGUGGCUUACAGUACCUCUCUGAAUGGCUGAAGUACAACGGGAGGAACGUGGAGGAUCUGACCAGGGUUUACUGUGACGCUCCUGAGGUUAUUCGAGGAGAGCAUCUGGUGACCGUGGACAAGGAGCAGCUGGUCUGCAGGAACACCUCCAGCUCUGGGUUUCAGGGCUCCUCCGUCCCAAACGUUACCGAGAUCCUGGUUGAUGGCGUCGAUGAUGGAGCGAUCCGUUGCUCACUCAGAGACGUCAAAGGCGUGACAUCCCUUCACUGCAAAUGCACUAAAUGCACUAGCGAGAAGUUUCAUGUCCUUUUUGAAUUUGCAGACAAACAGAAAAGUGUCUUCAGUAACUGUUCAGUGCCUGAAUAUUCCUCUAAUGGGACUUCAUUUCACUGAAUUCUUUGAUUUGCUAACAAGUGUUUACAAAUACUUAAAGUACUUUUUCUAAACUCUUAACACACCAACAUCACACAAUUAGCCAAAGAGUACAUUUUCUGCCCAUUGUGUGUUUACUUUUUGUGAUUUAGAGUUUUUAACAGAGUUGUGAAAUCCUGUAAAUUCACAACUGCCAGAAAAAAUUCUAAGAUAAAGUCAUAAUUACUUUUUACUCUUUAUAUUCUAUGACAGAAAUACACUUAUUCAUAGGGAAUUUAUAGCAUCCACAUUAAAAAGACUGAACAACAUACUCCUCCUCUACCUCUUCCUCUCUCUCUCUCUCUUUCUCUCUCUCUCUCUCUCUCUCUCUCUCUCUCUCUCUCUGUCUCUCUCUCUC